AUGUCCCAGGCGAGCACGCUCACGGUGCGCGGGACCCUCUUGUGUGUCCUGGCGGGCGUUGUGCUGGUCCUGGUGGCUGUGACCACUGACCACUGGGCUGAGCUGAGCCACAACGCCACCUGCCAGGCCACUCACUUUGGCCUUUGGCGGAUUUGCACCAAGCCCCUUGCAGGGGGCGGCCUUGAGCCCCGAAGCUGUGGAUCCACUGCCAGGCCUGGGGAAGGAAACUGCUCCUACUUCAGGCACUUGAACCCCGGCGAGAGCCUGGAGAGCUUCCAAGCUCAGAAAGAUUAUAGUGUCUCUGCGGCCGCCGUCUCCAUCUUCAGCCUGGGCUUCGUCAUCAUGGGGACCAUCUGCGUGUUCCUGUCCUUCAGGAAGAGGCGGGACUACCUGCUCAGGCCUGCAUCCAUGUUCUACGUAUUUGCAGGUCUCUGCGUCUUCGUCUCGGUGGAGGUGAUGCGGCAGUCAGUGACACGCGUGGCCAGCAGUGUGGACGCUGCCGGGACCCGGAUCCAGUACAGCUACUCCUGGUCCUUCGCCUGCGCCUGCGCCUCCUGCGUCCUCCUGGCCCUGGGCGGCCUGGUGCUCCUGCUCACCUCCCUGCCACGCCUGCCCCGAAACCCCUGGGAGUCCUGCAUGGAUGCCGAGCUCGAAAACUAG